AGAUUCAAUCUAGUAACUUCUAGGAAAGAAGAUGAGAAAGUAUACACAUCUCCUGGUACACCUUGCAUGAAAACAUUUUUGCUAGGUGUAACCAAGAUUGCAGGGCGUAUAGUUCAUGCAUAGUAGAUGUAUCACGUGUUGUCACCACACCCCGCAUAGAGAUCAGCAUGUGGAUAUGGCAUGCAGUUGCCUUGAAGACAUAAUAAGUCAUCAAUUCUAUAGUGGAAGAACUGACGAUUAUCCUCAGCUUUUAACAGUCCUUUUCGGCGAAACUUACACAGACGCUACAUACUACAUACAACAAAAAACCUUGAAGACUAUCAACAACGAAUCAAAUUGGCGCUUCAUAGAGCUGUGCCAAUCUCCUAUUGAUGUCCAUGAAUUCUUUUCAUACGAAGAAUGCUAUGAAGAAACUUGUAAAAGAAGAAUGGUUGAGAAUCACAACACUGCUUUCUAUCUGGUUAUCCUGGAUAAGUACAAUGAGAGUGAAUUUAUUGAUAUCGUACUCCACAUCAAAUAUGCGAACACAACAAAUCCUGCAGCUUAUAUUUUGGUCUAUGUAGAGAAUGUUGAUGAUUACUUGGUAACAGCAAAAGAAGUUCUGGAAGAGCUGAUGCUCUUUUUUUUACCUUACACAGCAGUGCUGCUUCCGGGAUCCAAUAAUGAUUUUUAUAUCGUUAAAAUGAAUAUAACAACAAUUGGACCUGCUGACUGUGGGUCGAAUAAGAAUAUUUAUGUCAUAGAUCAAUGUAUCGAUGGGAAGAUGAGGCAUAUCAAGAAACGCUACUUUAAUGUCGGUCUAGGCAGAAACAUGUACAACUGUACUUUGGGGGUGAGAGCCAAAGAAUUUCAACCAUUUGUCAUUAAUGAAGGCGAAGGUUUCGAAAUAGAACUACUUCGUAUCAUCGGGCAGAAGCUCAAUAUACAUUUCAAUAUUACCCUUAGCAAUUCCUCAGGAUGGGGAGACGUACUGAAUGAUGAGUGGACAGGAGAUUUGGAAGAUAUAUUUAUUAACAUGUACCUUGGUAUAGGGAAUGUAGAUCCUGGAAUGGGUUAUGACAGAGACUUUGAUUACUCUGAAAUCUACCAUAUGGAGCCACGGGUCUGGGUGGUGCCUAAGGCACGCUUAGUGCCAAAAUGGCGGGCCUUUAUUGCCAUGUUUAAUUUGGAGAUAUGGGGUGUAUGCUUCGGAGCACUUCUUUUCUAUGCCCUCAUGUUUUACCUCACUGCUAAAGUAUCGGAGACCGUCAGUGCUUACAAGAAAAUCGAUACCUCGUUAGAGGCGUCAUUUAAAGUUAUGCUAUCCACAUCUGAAUUUCAGCCUAAGAGUGAUCUAACCAGAUUGUUUUUUGUUAGUUUAGCAGUAUUUGGUAUUGUUCUAUAUGCUAUCUAUACUGUAUACUUGUUGAAAUAUUUGAAAAACCCUAUUAGGGAACAUCAGUAUACAGAAAACUCAGAAAUCUAUGACUCUUUCGGAAACCUGAGAGUAGGUGUAGGAGGCCUGCAGAGACUUAAGUCACUAUUUAACGUAUCCGAACCACAAGUGAAGAAAAUAUACGAUGCUUACCAAGAAGCAGACGAUGAAAAUGAUACGGUGCUUUACUGGAUCAACAAGGUAGCAGAAGAAAGGAAUAUCUGGACGAUAUCAAGCAGGCUUUACGCAGAAUACCUUCUAGCACAUUCAGAUGUCGCCACAGAUACUGACGGAGAUCCCAAGGUAUUCAUAUUCAAAAGACAGUUGAUGACGUACUAUGUCAGUAUCCUUGCAAGACAAGGACAUCCUCUUCUAAAAAAAAUCAACAGAGUAAUUGGUCAGUUGACCCAAGGAGCAAUUAUGGAACAUUUAGUCUAUAAUCAAACUGUCCUAAUAGAGUUGAAGAAUGCUAAGAAUGAUAAAGAAGGUGUGAAGCAGUUCAGUGCAUUGUCUAUGGACCACUUGCAGGGAACAUUUGCGCUGUUGGCUUUAGGGUAUAUCUUCGGAUUCAUUACUCUGAUUUUGGAAUUUAUUGUGGAUGAAGUAGCAAUUUUAAAGCUAAGGAAACAAUAUGGAUACCUUCCAUAAGAACAUGAUUAUAAGUUUCUUUCAAAAGCAUCUAGAUCCCUAUUUAUCAUGGACGUUGAAUUAUAAAUAUGUGACAUUAUAUGUGGAUUAUGGCACUAUUGAUACCAAAUAAAAACUUUU